AUGUCUAAACCACUAACUUAAACACUAAUCGCCUAGAAGGCUAAGACUGAGGCUUUGUAUAGUAUCAAAUCACUGAACUUAUGGGGCAAUGACCUUGACGAUAUCUCAAUCAUUGAAAGACUCCCUCAACUUGAAGUUCUUUCUUUGUCAGUGAAUAGGAUUACCACGCUCGCCGACAUCGCCAAAUGCAAGAACAUUAAGGAAUUGUACCUGAGGAAGAACAACAUAUCAAGUAUUACAGAAUUGCAAUUCCUAUAACAAUUACCUAAAUUGAAAGUCUUGUGGCUUCAAGAAAAUCCAAUUGCGGACCAUCCAAAUUAUAGAGAGGCUGUGAUUUGCAAUUCUUCAACACUUGAAAAAUUGGACGACGUUGUUAUCAGCCAACAAGAUAGAGCAAACGCCUAAAUAUAAUUGCAAUAUGGAAUUUCAUAGAGUCCUCCAACAAAGUCAUCACAAAAAUCAGAUGAAGAAAUAGCACAACAUGUAGAAGUAACCAAACCAAAUCAAUAUUCUCCAAAUAAUGGCGGUGGAAGAUAUUCAAAUUAACGAGAAUAAUUACAAAAUCAAUAACGACAAUCCAUAUAGUAAUAGCAACCAUAUCAUUAGCCACAAUAACCGUAACAAUACUACCCAUAACAACAAUAACAGGCAGGUAGAGAAAGAGAACAACAAUAAUAAUAACAAUAGUACUUGCAACAACAACAAUAACAACAAUAUCAGUCAUCGAUUUAGCAAUAGCAAUAAUCACAAAUCUACUUAUAAUAGUAGCAACCCCAAUAAUACUAAAGACAGAUCAUCAGAUAACAAUAUGCAGAGGAAGAAAGAAACUCUAACAUCUUAUGCGCAAUACUAUCUCUUCUAAAAGAAUUGGAUUAAUCUACACUAGAAAUAGUGUAAAGAGAAGUUUAUGAUAGAAUAUAAUAAUAUUAAGACUGA